UUAAUGUUUAUGUAUAACCCACUGUCGUGGGUGAUGGAGUUUGCUGCUGUGGUAGCCAUUCUGCUCGCCAACGGAGACGGCAGGCCGCCGGACUGGCAAGAUUUCAUCGGCAUCGUGGUGCUCCUCGUCAUCAACUCCACCAUCUCAUUUAUCGAGGAGAACAACGCCGGGAGCGCCGCCGAGGCACUCAUGGCCAACCUUGCGCCCAAGACCAAGGUCCUGCGUGACGGCCAGUGGAGCGAGGAGGACGCGGCGGUCCUUGUCCCGGGCGACAUUAUCAGCAUCAAGCUCGGCGACAUCAUCCCGGCCGACGCUCGCUUGCUCGAGGGCGACGCGCUCAAGAUUGACCAGUCGGCGCUCACCGGCGAGUGUCUUCCGGUCACCAAGAACCCCGGCGAUAGCGUCUACUCGGGCUCCACGUGCAAGCAGGGCGAGAUCGAGGCGAUCGUCAUCGCCACCGGCGUGCACACCUUCUUUGGGAGGGCGGCGCACCUCGUCGACAGCACCAACCAAGUCGGCCACUUCCAGCAGGUGCUCAAGGCCAUCGGCAACUUCUGCAUAGCCACCAUCGCCAUCGGCAUAGUUGUUGAGGUCAUCAUCAUGUACGCGGUCCAGCACCGCCGGUACCGUGAAGGCAUCGACAACAUCCUCGUGCUUCUCAUCGGCGGCAUACCGAUUGCCAUGCCUACCGUGCUCUCCGUCACCAUGGCAAUCGGCUCUCACAAGCUGUCGCUGCAGGGCGCCAUCACCAAGCGUAUGACCGCCAUCGAGGAGAUGGCCGGCAUGGAUGUGCUGUGCAGUGACAAGACCGGCACGCUCACCCUCAAUAAGCUUAGCGUCGAUCGUGGCCUUAUUGAGAUCUUUGCCGCGGGUGUUGAGAAGGACGAUGUUGUCUUGUUCGCCGCCAGGGCAUCUAGGGUGGAGAACCAGGACGCAAUCGAUGCCGCCAUGGUUGGCAUGCUCGCUGACCCCAAGGAGGCUAGGGAAGGCAUUGAAGAGGUGCACUUCUUCCCCUUCAACCCCGUCGACAAGCGAACUGCCCUCACAUAUAUUGAUCUCGCCGACGGCAGCUGGCACCGUGUCAGCAAGGGCGCUCCCGAACAGAUGUUGGCCCUCUGCAACUGUGGAGAUAAUGUCAAGAACCUGGUUCACACUGUGAUCGACAAGUACGCCGAGCGUGGCCUUCGGUCUCUUGCAGUUGCAAGACAGGCAUUUCCCGAGAAGAGUAAAGAAAGCCUCGGAGAGCCAUGGGAGUUCGUGGGCCUGCUCCCUCUCCUAGACCCGCCGAGGUCAGAUAGUUCUGACACAAUCAAGCGUGCACUCGACCUCGGUGUCAACGUGAAGAUGAUCACAGGUGAUCAGCUCGCCAUUGCUAAGGAGACGGGGAGACGGCUAGGGAUGGGCACAAACAUGUAUCCAUCAUCGGCUCUGCUUGGGAAAAGCAAAGAUGAAGCCACUGCUUCGAUUCCUUUGGACGACUUGAUCGAGAAGGCCGACGGCUUUGCCGGCGUCUUCCCAGGUUUGCAUGAACACAGAAUUGCACUGCUGUGAUACAGUAAAUUGGUUUGAUUGUUUACUCAUUCUGAAGUUGUGCAAUUUGACGCAGAGCACAAGUAUGAGAUUGUCAAGAAGCUGCAGGAGAUGAAGCACAUCUGCGGAAUGACAGGAGAUGGCGUGAACGAUGCGCCUGCUUUGAAGAAAGCGGAUAUCGGAAUUGCUGUAGCUGGAGCUACUGAUGCGGCACGGAGCGCCUCUGACAUUGUGCUUACCCAAGAAGGGCUCAGUGUCAUCAUCAGUGCUGUGCUCACUAGCAGGGCCAUCUUCCAGAGGAUGAAGAAUUACACUAUAUAUGCAGUGUCAAUCACUAUCCGUAUUGUGCUUGGGUUUCUGCUGAUUGCGCUGAUAUGGAAAUUUGAUUUCUCACCAUUCAUGAUUCUGGUCAUUGCAAUUCUGAAUGAUGGCACUAUCAUGACUAUCGCAAAGGACAUUGUAAAGCCGUCGCCACAACCUGAUAGCUGGAAGCUAAACGAGAUUUUCGCCACGGGAAUCGUGUACGGAACCUACAUGGCUGUAAUGACCGUGGUGUUCUUCUGGGCCAUGAGAAGCACCGACUUCUUCUCUGACACCUUCCACGUGAGGUCUCUUCGUGGCAGCAACGACGAGAUGAUGUCGGCGCUGUACCUGCAAGUGAGCAUCAUCAGCCAGGCCCUCAUCUUCGUGACGCGGUCGCGGAGCUGGUGCUUCACGGAGCGCCCCGGUUUCUGGCUGUGCGCGGCGUUCGUCAUCGCGCAGAUCGUUGCCACUCUGAUUGCAGUGUUGGCCAACUUUGGGUUCGCCCACAUCAGAGGGAUCGGAUGGGGUUGGGCGGGCGUCAUCUGGCUCUACAGCGUCGUCACCUUCGUGCCGCUGGACGUGUUCAAGUUCGGCAUCCGCUACGUGCUGAGCGGCAGGGCCUGGAACAACCUGCUGCAGAACAAGACGGCCUUCACGACGAAGAAGGACUACGGCAGGGAGGAGCGCGCGGCGCAGUGGGCGACGACGCAGCGAAGCCUGCACGGCCUCGAUAUCGAGUCCGGCGGCGGCGACAGGAGCUACGCGGAGGAGGUGCCGGAGAUCGCGGAGCAGGCCAGGCGGCGAGCCGAGUUCGCGAGGCUGCGCGAGAAGAAGACGCUGAGGGGACACCUCGAGUCGGCGGCCAAGCUCAGGGGCAUCGACAUCAACGCCGUCAGGCCGCCCUUCUACAGCAUGUGAUCGAUCGAGCCGGCGGCGUCGCUUCCGUACGUACUCGCUGCGUGUUUUUUAGGAGCGGUCCAUGAAGCAAGUGUCUUGGUAGCUAGCUAGUUUUUAGACGUAGUUUGGCUCGCUGAUUGCUAAGGUCUGUUAUAAUAAUUACCAUUGCACUUGUGAAUUUUGUUUAUCUCCGCAAGUGGAGACCACCACGCCUCGUUUGACAAGUGUAUAUGUGC